AUGAUCUACUGCGGUGUGUGCACGCUGCCGCCAGAGUACUGUGAGUUUGGAGGCGCCCACAAGCGAUGUAAAGAAUGGCUGGAGAAAAACCACGCGGACAUGUUCCAAAAGAUAUACCCCGUCGACGGUGUCGCGGCCGGUGUUUCCUCGCUGUCUGUCGAAAAGCAGGAAGAGAUUGAUCGGAAAGUCCAGAAGCAGGUAGCUCGGGAAGAGGCCAAGGCGGAGCGAGAGCUCGCAAAAAAGCUGUCCUCAAAGAUUCUCGUCAAGCGGAUUGAGCGUAACAAGCGCAAGCACAUCAUUGUUGUAGCGGGCCUGGAACAGAUCGACGUGGAGAUGAAAAAAAUGGCCAAGACGUUUGCGUCCCGCUUCGCCACGGGGGCUUCGGUGACCAAAUCGCCCGAGGGCAAAGACGAGAUUGUUAUUCAAGGCGACGUCGGCGAGGAGGUCGAAGAGUACCUCGUAGCAUACCUGUCGAAGGAAGGUCUCAGUGACAUCAAGGUCGAGCUCGUGGAGGACAAGAAACGCAAAAAGUAG